AUGAUUUUAGCAUCAACAACAACAACAACAAUAGCAACAACAACAAUAACAAUAACAACAACAACAACAACAGCAGUAACAACAACAACAACAACAACAACAGUAACGACAACAACAAUAACAAUAACAACAACAACAACAACAGUAACGACAACAACAAUAGCAACAACAACAAUAACGAUAACAACAAUAACAACGACAACAAUAACAACAACAACAAUGACAACAACAACAAUAACAAUAACAACAAUAACAAAGAUAACAAUAGCAAUAACAACAAUAACAAUAACGACAAUAACAACAACAACAAUAACAAUAACAACAAUAACAAAGAUAACAAUAGCAAUAACAACAAUAACAACAACAAUAAUAACAACAACAACAGUAACAACAACAACUAUUACUACUACUACAACAACUACUACUACUGCUACAACCACUACUACCAAAACAAUAACAGCAGCUACUACUACUACAAUAGCAACAAUAACACUAACAAUAACAAUAACAAUAACAAUAACUGGUAAUGAUAUUAAUAGUAAACAUCAUUUGUAUUUUUCGAAGAAAAGUACGAAAGAAUGA